ACAUUUGCAAAAACUAGAUCCACAUUUCCUUAUCUGUCUCUCUCUCUUCCCCCAGUAAAUGCUGUCGCUAAUCUCUUGAUCCGAGAAAAAAUGGCAAGUCUAUCUUCGGAGGAAGACGAAGAGUGCUCUUCCGAGAGAUGCGGAAGCUACAGCCCCAGCGCCGACGUUAGCUGCCAGUCCGAGAGUUCAAGCAGCUUCUUCGGAGAAGCCUCUAGCCCCCGUAGGUUCUACUUCCCCGCGCCGGUCAUGCUCCCGGUCAUCGGCGGCAAAGACGUUGUCUGGGAUGACAAGACAGAGAAACAUGACAGCGACUUAUCCGAAAUUGAAAUGAUGAAGGAGAGAUUUGCUAAGUUACUUCUUGGAGAAGACAUGUCUGGAGGAGGUAAAGGUGUUUGCACAGCUCUUGCAAUCUCCAACGCCAUAACCAAUCUCUCUGCGACUGUGUUUGGUGAGCUAUGGAGGCUUGAGCCUCUUGCUCCACAGAAGAAGGCAAUGUGGCGUAGAGAGCUUGAAUGGUUACUCUGUGUAUGCGAUUCCAUCGUUGAGCUCAUUCCUUCCACUCAGCAGUUCCCUGGAGGAGGUGGAACCUACGAGAUCAUGGAGACUCGCCCUCGUUCUGAUCUCUAUGCUAACCUCCCUGCUCUUAAGAAGCUUGAUGCAAUGUUGAUUGAUAUGCUCGACCGUUUCUCUGACACUGAGUUCUGGUAUACUGAUCGUGGGAUUGGUCUUGGAGAUUGUGAAAAGGAGUCCUACGACUCUCCUGCUUCCCGUGGCGGUGGUGGGCGUCCUUCUUUUAGGCAGGAGGAGAAGUGGUGGCUGCCUUGCCCUAAGGUUCCACCUAACGGUCUGUCUGAAGAGACAAGGAAGAAACUCCAGCAGUGCCGGGACUUUGCUAACCAGAUUCUCAAGGCUGCAUUGGCUAUUAACGCCGGUGUGCUCGCCGAAAUGGAGAUACCUGACCCUUAUUUGGAGACAUUACCCAAGAGCGGGAAGGAAUGUCUUGGAGAGAUAAUCCACCAGUACUUAACUGCAAACAAGUUCUCACCUGAAUGUCUCCUAGACUGUAUUGAUCUCUCGUCUGAACAUCAGACUCUUGAAAUAGCCAACAGAAUUGAGGCUGCCGUUCAUGUCUGGAGACAGAAGAGCGGGAGGAAGCACAAGAAGCAGGUGAAGCAUAAGCUAUCUUCAUGGAGUGGCAAGGUCAAAGGACUUGUAAACGACUCUGAAAGAAAUGAGUUCCUUGCGCAGAGAGCUGAGACACUCUUGCAGAGCCUGAGGAUCCGUUUCCCUGGUCUUCCCCAGACAACGCUGGACAUGAACAAGAUCCAGUACAACAGGGAUGUAGGGCAUGGUGUUCUUGAGAGUUACUCGAGGGUGUUGGAGAGCAUGGCGUUCAACGUCACUGCCAGAAUAGAUGAUGUGUUGUAUGUUGAUGAUGCCAUGAGAAGAUCCGUCUCUGCCACGGAGUCGCCUCCCCUGUUCAGCAUAGGUGGGCUCAACGGUCGGCCUGCUGCUCAGAAACCAUUCUCUGCACAAAGCUCUCCCUACGGUUCCCCAUUUGCUACACCUGCCCUAAGUAUAGCAUCGAGGAGCCCUAGGAGAGCACCGCUGCUGUAUAGGAGCGGCACGAGAGAAAAGGGAAUAAUGGGUGAAUCAGAGAAAGCAUGGUCGUAUGCUGGAAAUCUGAGCUCAAGAAGAGUGACUGGAGUGACACCGGAGAGAGAUUAAGGUUGAAGAGUGAAGAUUGAAGAAUGUAUAUCAAGGGUGUUAGUCGUAACGUAGCAUUUGUAUGUUGUGAAGUUUAUAUUGUUUGUCUGACUACGAUGAGUAUGGUAAUAGCAACAACGUUUAUGACAAAAAAAAAACUCUGUUACAUACUUCCUUUCCUCUCUCAUU